CAGGUAGGUCCCGCCCUGUUUUUUUCAGUUUGCUUCUGUUUGGUUCCUAGUGAAUACACCUCAGAUGAAGCAAUGAUUGUCUCUUGCCAUGAAAAAGGGAUAGGGAAACAAGUAAUUUCCUGAAGACAAUAAUUUGGUUUGUCCAGCAGGUGGUGUGUAGCUGUUUCUUUUUCAUACAGUUGCUCAUGCGGUUGUCCCACCUGUUCAACCUGCCAUGGACUAACACCAAGCCACUCCCCCAACUCCCAUCAUUCCUCAGCAAAACUACCUGAUGACACAGCGGAGCCAGUUCCUUGUAAACAAUCUAAGUUUCUAUUAAACAUAGAGGGGGACAGGCGACUUGCAAAGUGUUUAAAACAACCUACUUGUGUGGCUCCUUUUCCUCUUUUAAAUCUGAAGGUUAGGGUGAGUGGCUUCUGAGCCAGUGUCAUCUUUACUUUUUCCCCUCACACUUUGAGAGCUGGACUUGAAGACAAGGCUUCACAUUGUGGCACCACUGAAGGGGUACAUCAUGGGUUCAGAUGAGGCCUACAACUUUGUCUUUAAGGGUGAGUCCUUGUUCUUUAACUGAUUUUUGGCUUACAUUUACAUCAUUUAGCAGAUGCUCUUAUCCAGUAGUGAGUGCAUACAUUUUCAGACUUUUUUUCUUAUUGGUCCCCCAUGGGAAUCGAAACCCACAACCCUGGCGUUGCAAGCGCCAUGCUCUACCAACUGAGCCACAAUAAUGAUGUAAUGUAUAUGUCAACAGAGUUUUAUAUUGUAAGAAUGACUCUGAAACCUACUUUUUCUAUUGUUAGAGCUAGCGCAGUGUUGUUCAGUACAGACAACCAUUGGGUUCUGUCAUUUAGUCUGUAUGCUGAAGCUAGAAGCUAAGUGCCAGUACAGUAUCAACCGCACACAGUAUACUGUUAGUAACACAUCUACCACACAGAUAGGAUGCAGGUCACUCUCACCUGUGUUGAAAUUACAGACAAAGUCUAGUGUGGAUACACCCUGUUUCGGAAGCAAGUUGCCUUGCAUAGUGUAUACAGUCAUAGGAAAUAUUGCCAAUUAUGUUUACGCCAUUUGUAGUACAGGGCCCGUAUCCACAAAGCAUCUCAGAGUAGGAGUGCUGAUCUAGGAUCAGUGUAGCCUUUUAGGUCAUAAUGAAUAAGACUGUAUGGAGAGAUUCUAGAUCAGCACUCCCACUCUGAGAUGCUUUGUGGAUACGGGCCCAGGUCUAGGAGAUUUAUCCAGUACUUUUAAGAAUGCCUCUAACCUUGAGGUUCAUUAAUAAGCUGCUGUUGGUAUUUUAGUCAAGACGGUGCUACUUCAAGAAUGUUGCUAUUUCUAUGAACUUGAAUUCUAUUUCUCUAUGUAACUGAAUACAUUCUCGACCUCCAAUUGUUAUUGUGGUGAGUUUCACAAGCUUAUCAAUAUUAUUCCAGGCAAACACACAUUCCUGAAUAUUUGAUCCUAUCACUCUUUCCAUUAUGUCUAUAGUCACAUGAGAGAAGCAUGUGUACUGUUACACUGCAUGACCUACUAACAAAGUCCUAUACGAUACAGGCGUGGUAGAGGAGGUGAUGUUGUGCAUGAUGAGGUGAAGUGAUUUGUCGAUAGGGAAAAAAGAAAUCCCAGUUGGUUGGGCCAGUAGGUGAUGAAGUCAAAUUUUUAGUGUGCUUUCACUGAUCCACAUGUAAGGACUAGGCCUAAUUCUACUAUAACUUUAUUUUUUAAACCAUCCAGACAUCAUGAAGUAAAAUCUAAAUUAUUCCCUGCUUUGAUUGUCUAAAAGUAAAUGCAGAUUUUAUAUGUAAAUAAGGUGAGGGAACUGCUCAGUCAUAAAUCAAUUGAAGUAAAACUGAAUUAUUAUUAAAUGAGGGGGAGUUUUUUCCAUAACUUACUUAAUCCCCUUUUUCCUCAGAACAAAGUCAAACAGGGCAGUAGAGUGCUUCAAGGCCUCUUGUCCUAUAAACCAUGGAAACCAGGGGUAUUGUUUGCAUAAGAGGUUACUGAGUAUGGGAGGAGGGGAAAUGGCCACAUUUUCAUCUCACCUAAUAAAAAGCAGAACAAUGAUCUGCCAAUGGAGUGAACAAUUACCCAAAACAAACCAAAGUAGAACAUCUCGUAAACAUUCUUUCCUGCUGCCUGUUUUACACUUCGGGUUAAAUCUAAACUGGAUUCGGAGACCAGAAACUGGAUAGUUGCUUUAGAAUGUAAAUCUGGGAACAUGAACAGGCAUGACCCCAACAUUUUUGCUUUUGACAAAUAGCUUAUUGCCUGUUAAAAGCUCUGCUGUAGCAUAAAUCAGCAUGCAUGGAAGAUAAUAUGUGCCUAUCUUAUCUCCACUUAUGGUUUGGAGUGCAAUAAAUAGAAUAUGUAUUAGGUGACCGUACUAAAUAAACAUGUCAUUCUCUUUUUUUGACCUGCUCUUUAUCACAUUCUUAGUUUCCUGGGUACUUCUUAGAACUUCCUUGCUGGUGUGCCAUGGAACUUGGAUGCCUAUCUUGGUUCUGCUCACAUUCUCAUGGUUGAGAGUAAAGCAGGAAUUUGUGUUUGGCUCAGCUCAGUCGGCUGUAUUGAAAUCAUGGUGUCAUUGCGUCUUGUGGUCAUAUUUUCCUAUAUGUUUGUCAAGUAGGCCAAGGCUGGCUUUCUGUGUCAGCUGCUCACACUCCUAGAAGCAAACACAUGAGUCACUGAAACAUACAGGGGGGCUUCAUUGUUCCUUGUACCUCUUCUGUUUGGACUCAGUAGACUGAUUGCUCACAGCAAGAUAGAUAGAGGGAAGUAUCAGUGUAAACUGUACCACAUUAUUUUUUUAGUUGCUUCCUCUUUUGAAGGCCUGUUUCAUUACAGGAAAUUCCCCAAGAGCAAUGCAAUACAUGCCAUCCUCUCUGGUUCUCCUUUGGUUCUCUUCAACAACUGACCUCUCAUUACUGUACAUAUCUCUUAACCUACAGAGCAUAAUAAUUACAUAUUAGCUCCCAUUUCCUAGAUGAUAAUUAACACGAACAAGCAUGAUAAUUCAUUUUAAAGACACCUGAGCCCAUGAUUUUGAUGCUACUUCUCAGAUGGUUUGUUCUACAUUCCUCACUUAACAUAAUUAGCCCAGUAACCAUUUGCACGGGUGUGGUGCUGUUUCUGUCAUAGAACACCAUUGUGGAGAGAUUCCUAAUGAUAUAAUGGGAACAAUGAGCAGUAGACUAAGAUUGAGGGUUUAGGGUAAGGUUAGUGAAAUUGAGUGGGCUGUUUGAGGACACACCUAGGCCUCACCUAAGAGUUACGCUAUGUUCAGGGAGCAGCCUUAUUGUAGUUAUGAGUUGGUGUUAAUCAACGGGAUGACAUGAGUGAGAUUAUAACAGUGAAGAAAGAGAUACAUUGAAUAAUCAUUGUUUUUGUGUGUAAAAUCCAUUACUUACUCUCAUUAUUGUAAUUGUAAAUGUGUUGUGCCCUGAAAUGGCACCUUGAGGUUCUACACCUGAUACUAUGUGCAACUGCACUAAGGCAAAUUAAAGUGGUCUAUGUCUAGGAUGAAACACACCUAGUCCCCUUCCUAAAUGAUAGACAUACCAUUCAUUCACAUAAUAGGGACUCACUGGGGAUGUAAACCACAUAUUCGAGCAUCUUUCUGGUUUACUUGAACUCACGCCCUGCUCUCCCCUUUCCAUCUUCUCCAGUGGUUCUGAUAGGUGAGUCCGGUGUUGGCAAGAGCAACCUGCUCUCCCGCUUCACCAAGAACGAGUUCAACCACGACAGCCGCACCACCAUCGGGGUGGAGUUCAGCACACGUACAAUUCAGCUGAAAGGUCUCAUCAUCAAGGCUCAAAUCUGGGACACGGCUGGGCUGGAGCGGUACAGGGCCAUCACCUCCGCGUUAGUAAUCUGGGUUGAAACUGUGGACCAACGUACACACACACACACACACACAAAAUGACAAUUUCUCACUAUUGUGUGGGUAUCUUGGGUGGUAUUAUAGGCCCAAACACUCCAUGUGAACAGGGACUGGUUUCACAUUUUGCCCAGAUAGCCUGGAGGAACAAACAGCAGGUUCACUGUUUCAGUCAUUUACUACUUGUGCAUUUUGGUCUAAAUAUCCAUUUGGCUGGACAUAUUCAAUAAACAUCCAGACCCAAACAUGUUUCUUCUCUGGCUUAAGAAAUUCCUGACUUGUUCUUUUGUAAAGACUCUGGAAGGGUUAAUUGCAUGGAAACACGUUUCAAAACAAUAAAAACAUGUCCAUUCAAUUUAAUGACAUGGAAAAUCUGAGGAUAUGCUAUACCCCAGCAGGAUUAGUUCUUCUCUGUCCAGAGUUGAGUAAUUACUUCACUGAAUAAUUCCCUCAUGCAAAUGUUCCUUCCCUAUAAAUGUCUUUCUGCAAUCAAAACCCAAGUCUAUAUAAUAAUGGUUUUUGUCGGUUCAAUGUAUCAUACUAUGGAGGCCUACAUGGCAUUUCAAGAGAAAAAUGGGAUAUGGAUGCUCAGAGGCAACACCCAUCACAUACUGUAUCAAUAUGAAUAAAAACAUCAGGUUACGGGUAAGGUGUUGACUUAUCUCACCACCUCUUUCGCUUUCAUAUUUUCUCACUAGUUAUUAUAGAGGAGCUGUCGGAGCGCUACUGGUCUAUGACAUCACCAAGCAUCUGACCUAUGAGAGUGUGGAGCGCUGGCUGAAGGAGCUCUAUGACCAUGCAGACCCUCACAUCGUAGUCAUGCUGGUGGGCAACAAAACUGAUCUGGGGUUCAGAGCGAUCAGUGCCAACUGAGGAGGCCAAGGACUUUGCAGGUACAGCUGCCAAGACUCUGGCACCAUGAAUAUAUCCUAGGAUAAUAACAAUGACUCCAUUGUAAUAAACAUAAUAAAUUGAACAAAGCAUAUAACUUCCAAAUGUUGUUCCCUUAUAUAAUGAAUUGUGGUUUUGCAUUGCAAAUAUGCUAAUAUUCACAACAGCCAAUCGGCCAAUAGCCUUUAUUGGUCCAAACUUGUGGCUUGAGCAGUGCUUGACUUGGGAGCUGAGUACCGGCACCUCAAAUGUUCUACUGCUUGAGCUGCUGUCCGUCUUAUAGAAUAUUAGCUCAAAAGUAUUGAUGAGCCCCUGCAUCUAAAUAUAAACAGUACCGGCACCCAAAAUGAGUACCGGAACCUAUUUCAGUCCAAGUCAAGCACUGGGCUUGAGGCAGUAUUUCACCCCAGAUUUGUAACACUACCUCUCUCACUACGCAGAAAAGAAUGGCCUAUUGUUCUUAGAGACAUCAGCCUUGGAGUCCACAAACGUUGAGACGGCAUUCCACAAUGUCCUUGGAGGUAAUGGACUUUUAUAUAUUACAGUACUAUUAUUGAUUUGUUUGUUUUUAGCUCUUUAGCUAACCGUGUUAUGCUGGUGUAAUAGUAGUGCAAUCAAUGCUCAGUAAUUCAUCAGUAAAACUGAGUGAAAAGUUGGCAUUGCAGAACAAAAUCCUGGUGCCACAUUUAUUGUUUUGUGUAAGCAGUUGUGUCACUGGCAGUUUGCGGUGAAGGGUUUUUUGUCACUGUUUGUUGCACCAGAAUUCAUGCUGUAUCCCUGUGCCUCUUCCAUCAGAGAUCCACAGGAAGGUGAGCAGUAAAGAGGUGACCCGGGGGUCCAUUAGUGCCGUGUCUCUGGCCAGCCCCAUCCCCAGAGCUGCAGGCGACCCUGAAGAGAAGAAGCCCUGCUGUAAAAACCUCUGAUGGGACAAACCACCCAGUGAGGGAGGGGGGAGAGGGACAAAAAGAAUGACUGUGGAGCAGUAUGGAGCUGCCUGCCCCACCCACCCCCAUGUGGUAUAGAGCACUCUAUCUUCCUCUAGUUAGUGUGCCCAAGUGGUGUAUGCCUGAUUGAAAAUAAUGAUGCUGAGCAAGACCACUUUGAUGUGACACAGUUACAUGGUGGCAGACAGAAUGAGUUUUCCAUUCCUAAAGAUGAUGUAAUGUGUAUGUACAUGGCUGGAGGUCCAUGGUCCAUUUUUCCCCAAAGAAUCCAGCAAUGGUUUGAAUAUAAACAAAAUAUAUAUAUAAAAAAAUAUUUUGUGUAAACUUCUAAGAUUUAACUUUGCUUGGAAGGAGAAAUGUUUUUAGAAAGAAAGGUAGUCAACUGAUGUACAAUUGUAUUUUUUGUGAGGUUGGACAACAGGUGCCAAAACCAUGUUUCACAUUUUACACAAAGCUUGAUUAAUUAAAUUGGCUGUCACUGUUGUUUGUGCUCUGUUUACUUAAUUUACAGUUAAAUGUACUUUUUAUCUUAUGCUUACAUUGUUCCAAAAUGGUUUAUUCUUAUUGUGAGAUGAUUUUACAAUACAGAA